AUGUAUCUUAUUCAAGCGGCACUUGAAUAUGGCGCCCCCUUCUUCCUCGUCUCCUCUCCCCUCACUUCUUACCUCGAUCAGAUUCUCAGCAUCCACCGCUCGAGGAGCUCGGCGGGUUUCUCAUUGGACAUUCCGCUGAUUAUGCUGGUCGCGUCCAUCCUGAAGGUCUUCUAUUGGUUCGGAGAGUACUAUUCCAAAGCACUUCUGGCGCAGGCAAUGGUUAUGAUCAUGGUACAAUCGGCACUACUCAAGGUCGCACUGGACAACCGACCUGCCACCGGAGCGAAGAACGGGAUUGAACAUGCGCCCUUCAGCGGCAACAGUGGCGGCUUCACACGGCCGUACGAAUUUUGGCAGUGGAAGAGCACAAAGCCGUACUGGAUGGUCCUGUCUUACUUCGUCGCUGCUCUGUUUGUGAUCCACAUUACUCCGAUUUCCGACUCCCCCUCCUACAUUAGUCUCCUGGGCUGCAUCGGUCUCGCUGUCGAGGCUAUUCUUCCUAUCCCACAAAUCCUGGCAAAUCACCGCUCUGGCUCGUGUAAAGGUUUCCGUAUCUCUGUCCUGGCAUCAUGGUUGAUUGGUGACUCCAUGAAGAUGAGCUUUUUCUUCUGCAGCCAGGAGCCCAUUCCCUGGGCAUUCAAGAUCUGUGGUAUGUUCCAGUGCGUUUGCGACUGCUACCUGGGCCUCCAGUACUGGAUGUUCACUCGGAAUGCUCGGGCUGCAGGCAGCUCUCAGGAGCAAGAAGAUCGGUGGGGAGCCGGCGAGAAGGAUAUUCGUAUGAACUAA